GAUGAAGUUGCUGCCGGCUUGGAUCUGACACCGCUCCGUGUUUUCAUUUUAUACUCUAGUCUACAUGAGUAGCUUAUCGGCGCAACUAAUAACCCUUGGCUAUUACUUUGUUUAUACAAAAAAGUUGGAAUUAAAACAGUUUUUAACUGCAGGUUUAAAAUGAAUGAAUUUUAAUGUAAAUAACACGUAUAUAGUAAACUAGGUAUUAUGACUUAUGUUGCUAACUAGCUGGUUCUACUUUAGUAUGCUCUGGGGAUGGACAUUUGAUAUGAAGUUAUUUGUUUUCGGCAUUGUGUGUGCGUUUCUGCAAGUCAGUUGCCAAAAUCCUACAAGCCACUGGACUCUGCUGCCCCACACUUUGGUUGUGGAGGUGGACGGCACUUUGGGCCAGCAGCCCCUGAGCUGCCUGGAGUCGCCAGAGGAGCUUACGAGGAGAGACAUUAAGAGUCAGGAUAUUUUUUGGAGGAAGAAUGGAGUACAGGAAGCGCAGAGAGGAAACUCAUAUCUGGUGCAGCUGGAGGAAAGCUUAGGAGGGGGCAACUACACCUGCCACAGCGAGGACGGAUCACUCCUCAAUCAUACUGUGAUCCUGAUCCAAGAGGAAGAAACUAAGAGGAGGAAGAUUCUUGUGAAAUCUGACCAAGAAGAUUAUUUAAAGUGCUCGGCUCAAAAUUACAACGGAGAGUUCCACUGCUCUUGGACCUGGCACAGCAGACGUGUUGGCAAAGUAGCAUUCAUCAAAGCUCGACGUGUCACUGACAGCAAUGACAUUCAGUGCUCUGUGGAUACCAGUGGUCAGCGUUGGACAUGCUCUUCAGGUCAGAGACACUUUGGCUGUUCAGUGGACGACAGCGGACACAGGAUCUUGUGCUUGGACAAGCAGCACUGCCCCUAUACUGAGGAGAGUCAACAGAUCCACAUCAGUGUCUACGUGAAGACUGAGCACUUCCUAGUGGAAAACUACUCGAAACACUUUUACCUGUCAGAGAUAGUGAAACCUGACAAGGUGAUGAUCAGUACAGUCAACACUACGAUGAUAGAGUGGAGUUACCCAAGAUCCUGGAGCAGUCCCUUCUCCUACUUCCCCCUCACUUUCCAGAUUGCACAGCUGAAGAAGGGAUGUGAAAAGUGUGACAACCCGUGCACUGACUCAAAAGCCACAAAGAUCUUGACAGCCCACUCUACAGACAUUUGUCAGUUUGAAGUCAAGCGCAAGACUAAGGCCGUCUGUGUCCGAGCCAAGGAUGCUCUCUGUAACUCACCGUGGAGCGAGUGGAGCCACAUAAGACUGAAGAACAAGAAGAAGAAAAACAACAGACAUCGUAAAAACAAACAAUGAGCAUAACAGAAGAAACACAAUCCCAAAACUGGACAUCUCGAUUUACUUAAAAGCUUUUUAUAUAUUUAUAUAAUAUUGUAUCAAGGUGUUUGUAAUAUGUAACUAUUCCUAAUGAUAAGUGAACAAAUAAAAUGAGAUUUAAAAGGGUUUUUUUUGUCACUACCUCAUGUGUCCUUUAGCUGAAUAUUGGAUUUUAAUUUUUUUCACAGCUACAAUCAGCAGCUUUUUCCUGAUUUUUAAAAUUGAACAGGAACAUUAUCAAAGUUUUUUCUGAAGUCUCUAUUGAAACUGUACAAAGUUUUCUAUAUGACGAUGUAUUGCAUUUAGCCAGACCUGUACCAUAUGCCCUAAGCACCUGACCCUGUACCUUUUUGGUAGAGAACAGAAACCUGUUGUUUCUAUUUGACCAAUAAACAACAGUGGUAAAUCUGCUCAGAGGUUUAUGUUGUUUCCCUAAACAGUUAGGUGAGAGUGUGGCUUUUAGAAGAAACUUUCCUAACAUUUUGAACUAAGUUGUCUGUUGCCUGUUCUCUAGGAGGAGAUAGGGUAUGCAUGGUAUUUCCUCUGUAACAUGCCAAGACACAUGUAGAUUUUGUGUUGUGUUCUCACAUCUCUCACCUGCUUUCUCUGUCCUUCAUGUUGGUGCACCUAUGGAGGUGAACAACUACAAAGCCAUUAAACUAAUGUAAAUGAGGUAAUGGCUAUGGCUAUGGCUAUUCAGAAUUACUACUUACUACUGUAUGUACAGUAAUCAAAACCUAAACUCUCAGACGAAGUUCCUCAAUAUGCUUUGUUUUAAUCCCUGAGAGAAUCUCAAAUACUGUAUAUUGAUAAUUAAGUGCUAACUUAUACAAUAAAAUACACAAUAGUCUUUAUUGUCCACAAUGUGGAAAUUUGUCUUUUAAACCACAAAAACGGCAGAUGUGUUUGCUAUUAGUUAACAACACUUGUGGUAUCUUCAUUGCCAGUAAUGUUUUCCUCUGACGUCACAGUGAGAAGCAUUAGGUUGGU